GACGGAAUGCAAAUUUGACGUCCGCAGAAACACAUACUUUCUCUCUCUAACUUCCUCUCUCUAAAAAGGACAGCGCAGAAACUCUCCUCUCUACUGAAAAACUUUUUCACUUUGAAAAAGCCAAAGCCUUAAAAAAAACAAAAAAACCAAAGCCCCAACCCAACAAGUGAAACUUGGUUGAAUGAACUUAUACAUACAUGAUUAUCUGUAUGUAUAUGUAUCGAUAUCGAUACAGAUACAUAUAUAUUUAUAAGCUGAUUGUGACUGCGUGCUUUGGGGCUGAUUGGAAAAGUGGAUAAAGAUAGUUACUUGAGCAGAAAAAGAGAAGCUUUAGGAUGUUAACAGUUAAAGCUUGUAGCUUGUACUUGUUAUUCUGUGAUUUCCAACUUUCUGUUGUUGAUACACAAAGGGUUAUGCCCAGCAGUGAGGGUUCUCCCUUUGUUUUGGCUCAAAACAUGGACUUUGGAAUGUCUAGCUGCGAUUUGGAAAGGAAAUCACUGAUUCAUUUAAUUGAUAUAGUAGAUUCUGCUUGUUGCUCUGUGUAAUUCUUUUUAAUAUAAAGUCUCUAGAUCUGGGGAGUUAGGCUUCAUACAAUUUUAGUGUUCUAUAGUUGGUUAAGUGUUUGUAGAUUGUUAUCUAUUGCAUAAAAAUAUGGUUCCACAGGGGCCUCCAAAUCCACUUGGAGGAGGUGCCCAGCCUGUCCCGUCUUCGUUAUUGCGAUCAAAUUCUAGUUUUUUGGGGGGUCAAGGGGGUGGAAUGCCUACCCCGGGUAGUUUCCCUUCUAUUGUGUCACCCCGGACUCAGUUUGGUAACAUGAACAUGCUAGGAAAUGCUCCAAAUGUUUCAUCUCUGCUCCAUCAGUCCUUAGGAAACGGUGGUCAUAAUCCAGGGCUUCCUGGAAAUGGAAUCUCUCAACGAGUUGAUAAUGUGGCCGAGUCUGAUCCACUGUCCAGUGCUAGCAAUGGUAUGGGAUUUAGUACCCCUUCAACAUCAUUUGGCUCAUCGGCCAUGACAGCAAAUCCAAAUUCAGGUCAAGUUCAAGGACAGCGGUUUCCUAGCCCUUCUGGUAACCAGAUGUUAACUGACCGAUCACCGUCCCAACAACUUGAUUCCCAGAAUUACCAACAUAAUCAACAAUUUCAGCAAUUCUCUGCCCCUAGCAAUUCCCAAACACAGCAACAGCAGCAGCAAUUUCAAUCCAUGCGAGGUGGAUUAGGAGGCUUAGGAUCUGUCAAACAGGAGCCCCAGGUGACCAGUGAUCAAACACCACAGCAGUUGCAAGCCCUGCGAAACCUGGCAACUGUAAAGCAGGAGCCCCAACAGAUACAAAGUAUGAGAGGCCUUGCCACUGUGAAGAUGGAGCAACAACAUUCCUCACCCUCUUUGUUUCUACAUCAGCAACAGCAACAACAACAGCAGCAGCAGCAGCAGCAGCAGCAACAACAGCAGCAGUUACUUCACAUGUCCAAGCAGUCCCCUCAAUCUGCAGCAGCGGCUCAGCUUUUCCACCAGCAGAGGAUUAUGCAGCUCCAGCAGCAGCAGCAGCAACAACUCUUGAAGACUAUUCCUCAGCAAAGAAAUCCACUUCAACCGCAAUUCCAACCACAGAAUCAUGCUAUAAGGUCUCCUAUAAAACCAGCUUAUGAGCCUGGGAUGUGUGCCCGUCGGCUGACUCAUUAUUUGUAUCAGCAGCAACACAGACCUGAAGACAAUAACAUAGAGUUCUGGAGAAAAUUUGUCGCCGAGUAUUUUGCUCCACAUGCCAAGAAAAAGUGGUGCGUUUCUAUGUAUGGAAGUGGUCGGCAGACCACUGGAGUUUUUCCUCAGGAUGUAUGGCACUGUGAAAUAUGCAACCGCAAGCCAGGCCGUGGGUUUGAAGCGACUGCUGAAGUCUUGCCCAGGCUUUUCAAGAUAAAAUAUGAAAGUGGGACUUUGGAAGAGCUACUCUAUAUUGAUAUGCCGCGUGAAUAUCAGAAUUCAUCUGGACAGAUUGUCCUAGACUAUGCAAAAGCAAUUCAGGAGAGUGUUUUUGAGCAGCUUCGUGUUGUCCGUGAUGGUCAGCUUCGAAUAGUGUUCUCACAACCUGAUCUGAAGAUCGUCUCUUGGGAAUUUUGUGCUCGACGUCACGAGGAGCUAAUCCCUAGAAGAUUGUUGAUACCUCAGGUGAGUCAACUCGGCGCUGCAGCUCAGAAGUACCAGGCUGCCACACAAAACGGAUCAUCUACAGUGUCUGUUUCUGAGUUGCAGAAUAACUGCAAUAUGUUUGUUGCCUCAGCUCGUCAGUUGGCAAAAGCUUUGGAAGUUCCAUUGGUAAAUGAUUUAGGGUAUACAAAGAGAUAUGUGCGAUGCCUUCAGAUAUCAGAAGUAGUUAAUAGCAUGAAAGAUUUGAUUGACUACAGCAGAGAGACAAGGACAGGGCCUAUGGAGAGCUUGGCUAAGUUUCCUCGUAGGAAUGGUUCAUCGGCUGGGGUACGUGGUGCAGCUCAACCAUCUGAGGAUCAGUCUCGGCAGCAGCAGCAGCCACAGUCUCAGCAGCAGCAGCAGCAGCAACAGCAACAACAUACGGCCAGUCAGAACUCAAACCAUGAGAGCUCUGUCCAGGCUGGUGCAAUGCAACUUGCUUCCAGCAAUGGUAUUCUGAGCGAAAACAACUCUUUAAACCCUGCACCUGUUACUUCGUCUAAUAGUACUGGUGCUCGGCUAUUGCGCCAAAAUUCCAUGAACUCUAGGCAACAGGCAACAAUGAAUGGUGUGAACAGCCCUUAUGCAGGAAAUGCUGUUCAAAUGCCUUCACCAAGUUCUUCAAAUACAAUGCCACAGUCUCAACAAAACCUGUCUGCAUUCCAAUCACCAACACCGUGUUCAUCAAGCAAUCCGCCACAAACUUCACAUGGUGGCUUAACAUCAGGAUCACACGUGAAUUCUGCCAAUUCCCCGAAUAUUUCAAUGCAUCAACCCACUCUUUCAGGUGAUAUUGAUGCUAACGACUCUCAGAGUUCUGUACAAAAGAUCAUACACGAAAUGAUGAUGUCUUCCCAACUUGGUGGAGGUGGCCUUGUAGGUGGUGGUGCCACGGGGAAUGAUAUGAAAAGUGUAAAUGGUUUGAUAACAACUGCUAAUAACUCCAUUCUUAAUGGAAGCAGCUGCCUUGUUGGGAAUGGGACAGCAAAUGCUAAUAUUGGUAUUUCUCCGGGAUAUGGCAGCAUGGGCAACGGACUGAGCCAGGCUGCAAUGGCCAAUGGAAUUCGGGCUGCAUUAGGUAAUAGUUCUGUGGCUAUGAAUGGAAGGGUUGGCAUGCCAAUGGCACGAGGGCAAAGUGUGAGUCAACAGCAACAAGAUUUGGGGAACCAACUACUUGGUGGUUUAGGAGCAGUCAAUGGUUUCAGUAACCUUCAGUUUGACUGGAAAACAUCCCCCUAAAGGUUUUGACUUGGCUUUAGCCUAGAAGGUAUGAACAAAGUGACAAGAUCCUUUAGGAGAUUGGGGUGCCCUGUUGUGGUUGUAAUUGCAUAUUUGGUUCUCAUGUGCUGCUUUGUGCUGCAAAGAUGACAUGAUUUUGCCUUGCACACUGAUAGUAGGUAUGAAUCCUGAAGAGCUAUCAUUUCAGGGCUUGCUUCUGUUGUAGUGAUUUGCCCGAGAAGGAAAACAUGUAGCACAGUAAUUUCAUGAUUGAAAUGUUACAUCACCUGAGGUAGCAUAAGAUUCUUCUAACUUGAUUUUGUCUGGUUUAUCACAGCUAUACAUAUUUGCACUAACAGCCUUGAAUAGGACAUUCCAGGAGUGACUUGGCACACACUUGUACCUUUUCAAGGCAUUUGUAAACUACCGAAUCUGCUGAGCUCUUGCCCAUCUUGUGCUGUACCUCCACUCCGGAACAUGAGUGUAUAUAGUCUGGAUGGUGUGGAAGGUAUUUUAUAUUAGAACUUUCAGGAGCUAGUAGAAAUUGACUUACCACUUGUUCCAUGGUAAUGUGGCUAAUGCAAUCACUUCAUUUCUCCCCUCUCCCGACACCUACUAUGUUUUUGUAUCAAUUAACCAGUUUUGAUUGUUGUGGUUGCCGGCUUUUGGAGUGGCUGGAUGCUAAGGAUGAGGAUUUACCUCUUUGAGAGGGGGGGGGGGGGGAUAUUGGUAUCAGUGCUUUAAUUUCUGUUAAGGGGGCAAAUUUUGACUGUGACUUUUUCCUCAUGUUUUCUCGGUCAAAGUAUUUGUAUUCACCUGUUACCCCA